AACCUAGUUUUAGCGGACAUCGUGCAGGAAAGCUACAACUAUUUUCAUUAUUAGCGGGCGACAUUGAUUUGCUGCUUUCACAAGUGCCUGUGAACUAGUGGUGGAGCAAAACCCUUACAUUCAUCUUUCCUCAAAUUCCCUGCUCUCCCUCUUCCCAUACUUAUCAUUUACUCGGAAAAAAAUGGGAACUUAUUGCUUCUUUAUCGGUUUUUGUUAUGAAAACUAGUAUCUUUCCUCGAAACUUGUUAGGCCAAGGUGGUGGUAGUGUGAAUAAGAGAAUUCUGUGGAAUGGGACUUCUGGGUUUCUAUGUUCAAACCUACCUCAGCUUAUUUGUCAAAGUACCAGGAUAAAACAUUUUGUAUUUUUGUGGUUAUUGAGUGGGAAACAUUUUACAAAGAUAAAAUUUAGGAGGGCAUGUCUACUGCAUUGACACCUUCUAAGAGGCCACAUGAUAGGAACCUUACUGAGACAAAUGGAAAAGGAAGGUGGCAAAAGACAGCUGGCCUUAAUUCCCCUAACCAAUCCAUGAAAUCCUCUAGUAAUGGUGUAGUUUUCCGAAUACUUUGUCCUGCUUUCAAAACAGGUAGUAUUAUUGGGAAAGGUGGUGCCAUCAUAUCACAAAUCCGUCAAGAAACUGGUGCAAAGGUCAGAAUUGAGGAAACUGUCCCUGGAUGCGAUGAGAGGGUAGUUGUUAUUGUGGGUUCUGAUAAGUAUAUUGAAGUCAAUAUUGAACAGAAUGGGGAGGAUGGUGAUAAAAAUGCAAAUGUGGCAGAAGAGGGUGAUGAAAAGAAAGACAGUGGUGAGCACAAUGAAAAUAAAGAAAUAGUUCCUGCACUUGAUUCAUCAAAGUCUGUAAAGGAAACAUCAUCCCUGCAAAAAGCUUUGUUACUUGUUUAUGAAAGAAUAGUUGAAGCUGAACCAGAGAAGGCUGGGGGGAAUGAGGAAGAUAACAAGCCUUCUAUGUCCAUUUUGAGGUUACUUGUGCUUUCCAGUCAAGUUGGAUGCCUUUUAGGAAAGGGUGGAAGUGUAAUCAAGCAAAUGUCAGCGGAAAGUGGGGCACAGAUUCGGAUUCUCCCUAGGGAUAAACUCUCUAUGUGUGCAUCACCUGCUGAUGAACUAGUUCAGAUCACAGGUGAGGUUGAUGCUGUGAGGAAAGCUCUUCAAUCAGUUACUCAGCAGCUUCUGGAGAAUCCACCCAGGGAUAAUGACUCUCUCCCUGCCAAUUCUCAAGGACCUUCUUUUCAUUCAGUUGGUCACCCUCUUCCUAGGCCAGAAGCAUAUCCACCAACAUACCAUUCUUUUAAUGCUUGGGGAACAACUUAUAGUGCUGGACCUCGCGAUUUUCGUGAAAGUGGUAUCCCCAAUCGAAUGAAGCCUGCUUCAGAUAUAAUAACCUUCCGCUUACUUUGUCUUGAUGAGAAGGUAGGAGGUAUCAUUGGAAAAGGAGGAACCAUAAUAAAAACCCUUCAGCAAGAAACAGGCUGUGAUAUCAAAGUUUUGGAAGGGGUUUCUAAUUCAGAGGAUCGCAUUAUUCUCAUUUCUGGUCCAGCGCACCCAGAUGAUAGGAUAUCGGCUGCACAAGAUGCAGUUCUUCGUGUACAAACCAGGAUUGCUAGGGCUUUACCUUUACCCGAUGGCAAAGAGAAGACUGUGAUUGCUAGGCUUCUUGUCUCCUCAAAUCAAAUUGGUUGUCUCCUUGGUAAGGGUGGUGCCAUCAUGGCAGAAAUGAGGAAGUCAACUGGGGCCUAUAUUCGAAUACUGGGGAAGGAUCAAGUUCCAAAAUGUGCUUCUGAAAAUGAAGAAGUGGUUCAGAUGAAUGGAGAGUAUGAAGUAGUUCAAGAAGCACUUCUGCAGAUAACCACUCGGCUGCGCAAUCAUUUCUUUCGUGAUGUAUUUCCUUCUAUGGACCAUCCCUCCAAUCCUGCCUUUCUGGAUCAAGUACCUCCAUUUCCUCCAUACAUGGGAAGAAGGGAACUCUCACCUCCAUUCCAUGCGUUUCACAAUUUUGAUGGCAUGGGUGGUCCACCCCCACAUGGUGGUUUCCAUCCCCUUGAUGAUCGUCCUCCUUUCAUGCAUAAUAUUCAUGGACCAGGCAUGCCCCCACAUAUAUCUGAAAGAAAACCUUGGGGUUCACAGGGACUCAUUGAAGGUGGUCCACCAGUGGGCAUGCCAGACUUUGGAGGACCUCCCCAAAGAAGAUUUUCUGGUUUUGGAGAGGUUAAUCAUCCAGCUGUUAUCACAAGCACUACUGUUGAAGUUUCUGUUCCUCAUUCUAUGGUCCCCGUAAUAUAUGGAGAAGAUGGUUCAUGUUUGAAACAAAUUCACCAGAUUUCGGAUGCCAAAAUUACAAUUACUGAGCCAAAGCCUGGAGCAACAGAAACUUUGAUUAUAAUAUCUGGGACACCUGAACAGACGCAUGCAGCUCAGAGUCUUAUUCAAGCUUUUGUGAUGAAUGAAAGGGAGUCCACUUAAUCUAUCUUUACAUUUAGGUAAUAUUUGUGAACACCUCCCAUUCCCCCACCCUGGGCAGGCAAUUAAGAUAGAGCAUAUUCACCUGCUCCCUCUUAUUGUAUAGAUAAGAUAUUUUAUGAUUGUUAGUUCUUGUUAUUUUAUGUUCUAUCUAUUUUACAGUUCAUGAUUGGAAGAAAAUAAUUGAGUAAUUGUUGAUACUUCUCUGCUGAAGAUUGGAGAUUGCUAUAAAUCUAAUUUGGCAGUUUUUGUAAGUACAGUGAAACCUGUCUUAACUUGGUGGUGAAAAGAUGACAUUGAGGGACGGCAUAAGUGUUCAUUCUCUUAGGAAGAAAGACAAGUGAUCAAAAUGUACCUUUGACGACCAUGAGUUAUCAAACAAUACUUAAAUUUUGAUAUUGUUUGGGGGAUGAAUUAUUAGUAGACUGCAAUGAAAUUUAAUGAUUUAAUGA